AUGGGCAUUGAAUCUCUCAUGGAGAUGAGGGAGACCGCAUAUGAAGAGGAGUCUCAAGAGUUCUUGGCUUCUUUUGAUGAUUUUAUGUACUACCCAAGGAAUUCAAGGAUUCUUCAAGGGGAUGGUCUUGGACACAUGGAAUUUACGGUGAAAGGAAAGGCCUACAGAGUGCCAUUCAGGGAAUUGAAUGAGAUAUCUGGGUUUUCUGCACCUAAAAACGUUCCUCACUCCAACCAAAUUGCUACCCGUCAAUAUGACGAUGGCGGAGUUGGCCAAACAUAUGCAGUUGAGGGUGUACCUGACAUAUUCUCGCCGAUCAGACGUCUUAGUGAAAAAGUAAAGGAAGUUUGGUGGUCUAAUGAAAACGAUUAUCACAACGCACAAACGUACAUCCUGCUAAACUGCAAAGAGUUGGCGUGGUACGAGAGCAUAUUCGUUGAUGAGUGGAUGAAAGCACAAGUGGACCCGAAUGAUCCAGAUGCAUAUCCAAUAUGGUUCCAUGAGUUACUCCUAGGUGCGAUGGCCAAAAUAACGACUGCAUCCAUGAGAAAGCUUGUAGGGGUUGAGGACCUUCCACUGCAACAAGAAUCUUGUGUAGACCGGACUGAACCAGAUAUUGAUGAGAAUAUUUUCUUAAUUGACCCUCAGAAUAGGAAAGUUGAAGAUCUCCCUGAUGAUACAGAAGAAGAAGGUGAUUCAGAUGAAUUUGAUAAAAGCGAGGAUGAUGAUGAGGAUUUGGAAGACGAAGGUGAUGAUGAAGAACAACAAGAAGAUGAAUCUGAAUGA